CCUUUUCACCCAGCUUUGGUGUCGUUUUUGCUCAUCUGCACAAGUUAACAUCCACCCCAUUGACCCACCGUAACCCAUUAUAUGCAACAUAGUUGCGCAGCACUCUAUGUUUGGCCGCAGUUUGGAUCUGGAUGAUGAAGAGUUUGUGUUCCUCAUUGACAAAGAUAUCAGAGAGUUUUGCGAGCAAAGCCAUGGCGAGAGAGUGUUGAUCUUCCCACCGGUGAACAACUUUCGACGCUUCCUGAUACACAAAACAUGCGAAGAAGUGGCGAUAAACCACGACAUUGCCACAUUCUCAAUAGGUCAAGGUCAGGAGAGACGCACUGUGGUCUGCUCCAAGAGUCAAUUAAUCAAUAGAGAAUCUCUGCUGGAGACCGCAUUUAAUUGUGAAAGUCACACGGUCAACAAGAGCAAAUUGGAAAAAGACGCAUUCAACGCGCGCAAUCACGACUGGGACGCAUUCCGGAAGAGGAAGCCUAAAACUGACACGAAAUCCUGGAGGAUGGGAGUUGAAUCCAAUCGAUCAAAUGUGCCAGCAGCGUCGCAGCGGACAAGAGCCGCCACGAGUGUGAGCAAUGGGGCAAAUGGGGGGAGCGCCGUUGGUAGCGGCGUGGAGCUGUACAGGCCCCCACCGCUGAGGAAGGCCAUGCUGCAGCAGACGCCGAGCGAGGAGGACUGCAGCGCACCAGAAGAGUCGACUGUUGCAGCCAGACGCGACAGUGGCCACAGCAAAGGUGCGACGAGCAGCAGCACGGCCAGCCAAGUGCCACAGAAGAGUGAUCAGUGUCACGCAAAGGAGCCAUCAGACUCAAGUGCAAUUGUUAAUCAAAACAGGGCGGCAGCAGCAACACCGAGACAGAGGGAGAGACGUCCAGAUCGUGCUGUCUACAUUCCACGGGCUCGUCGAAGUCAAACGACACCUCCGUCGAAGUCUUCGUGCGCCAGUCAGGCGUCGAUAUCAGAACCGCCACUGAUAAAUGUUUCACAAUCAGCAAAGCCAGAGUCACAACAAUCGAGUAAUAAAUCUGUGAUUUCGCCACGAUCAGCGGCGGGCAGUGGCGGAGAGGAAUGUGAUGCAACAGCGCAAGCGAGUCCCACGCUCGACACUUGCUCUGUUGCUGAGGUGAAGGGCGAUCGCGAGGGGGGUGGAGCGGGCGAUGCGGAGAGUGUGGAUGGGGGUGAGCCAACAGACUGUGAUUUGGAACCAAAUAUUCAUGCGGAGGAGGAGAAGAAUACGACAAUCAUUGAACACAACGAAGUCAAUAUGAGCAGGAGGAGCAAGGCGAAUCAGGGUGGGAAGAAGGGUCUGAGGAUUGAGGAUGGACUGGUGAAUGGGAGUGUGUCGGAGAGCAAAGAGGACAAGGAAGAGAGGGAAUUUCGACGAGCUUCUCAGGAAAUCAACAGAAGCAAUCGACGAAUAAUCAAGCAGACAUUCAACUCGUCAGUGCUGGAAAUUUCUGAUCCGCCAAAGAGUGCUGCACAGAAGUCCAGCGAGGAUGGUGAGGGUCAGAAGAAACGAGUGAUUGAUCCGGAGAAUGACGAUUGGGACACGAUGUUCGAUGACAACGGAGACUGUUUGGAUCCCAACUUGCUCAAGGAGCUGACAACAGCGGUGGGAAAGGUUAAGAUUGAGCAACCGAAGACAGACUAUCGACUUUACCAGAGUAAGCAGGAUCUUCUGAGCGAAGAGGAGUUUCCACAUGUGUUGGAAGUGUCGAAUUUCCCAGUUGAAUUUAAGACGCAAGACUUAAUUAUGAUCUUCUCGGCGUACAAAGAGUCGGGAUUCGAGAUCAAGUGGGUGGAUGACACUCAUGCGUUGGCGGUUUUCAGCAGUUCAAAGAUCGCCGCUGAAAUUCUCGCUACGAGCCACCCAUUUGUGAGCCUCAAGCCGUUGGCUGAAGCCACUGCAGAGUCCCGCAGCAAGGCGAAGAAGUGCUCCAACUCGCUGCAGCCCUAUCGACCACGUCCGGAGACUUGUGCGGCACUGGCGCGUCGCCUGGUCACGGGAGCGUUGGGAGUGCGGCUGAAGACAACGCGAGAGGAGCUGGAAAACGAGCGAAGAGUUCUACGAGCUGCCAAAGAGAGAAAACUCCUGGCGGCGAAGCAACGAGACGAAGUGUGGGAUAGUUAAGGACAAUAUAUUUUCCAUGAGGGAAAUUUUUUGAGGGUGGUGAAGGAAAAAUUUACAAGAAUGACAAAUUGCCAUAUAUGCACCAAUUUACAUAUUUUUAUUUUAAAUGAGAACAAAAAAAAAACGCAGAAAAAUAUGUCAAGUGCAAAACAAGGAAAAUUGAUCUCUUGUGGGGGAAGAGAGAAUCCACAUAAAUCAAUUAUCUUAUCAAGAUGCGAAUAAUAAGAGAGAAAAAUAUUGUCUCGAGACGCACGGAAAGCAAUCUUCUGCUGUGUCUUUUGUCAAAAAGUGUUGUAUCGCAUAACAUAAUCAGCAUCACAGAGUGGAGAAAUAUUUCAAGAAAUCAACCAUUGAUAUUAAUGAAACCUUCAAUUGUAACCAUUGUAAUAGUGCUAAUGAAGUGGAUUAUAAUUUUAUGGAUUUAUAUACUGUAUUACCUGAUCAUAAAUGAGACAUAUGUCUAGAGAUGAGAUGCUUUGUGGCAAUAUUUUACUGGAGAACGCGUGUGUCGUUAUAUAGGAUAAAUUGCAUGAUGAACUCUCAUUUCUUAUACACGACAAAAAGUAUAAUCAAAUUUGAUAAGAUUUACCCAAAAAAAAAGAACAUGUGAAGAAAGUUACAUCAUAAGAAUGUAUUUUACCAAUAUUUUUUUGCGGGUAAAAUUGUGAAGAAAUGGAAAAUACUGAAAUGCAUUAUAUUUAUAUGAUAAUGAGGAAAUAAAUGGGAGGAGAGAACCAAGCGAAA